AUGUCGUGGAAGAGGGGGUGGGGCGGUGGCCGGGUGCCCGGGAGACCGACAGGGACGGGCACAGUGCCCGCCGCUUCUAUGAGGCAGCAAGUGCCUGUUAGAAAGCCGCCACCACCACCAUCAUCCGGGGAUUUGAAAAUGGCGGCUGCGCAGCGAUCACCCAAUCAGGAGCAGGCGGUGGUUGCUAGGGGACGUGGAGUCCCGCCCCCUCCUCUGCCAGACCUGAAGAGGGAGUGCCUUUCCAUUCACAUUGGUCAAGCUGGCGCCCAGAUUGGGGAUGCUUGUUGGGAACUCUAUUGCCUGGAACAUGGAAUCCAGCCAGAUGGCAUCGUUCUUGACAGUCAACAGAAUCAGUUGGAAAAUUCUAAAAUGAAGCACAUGAAUGCAUCUUUUGAUACCUUCUUUCAUGAGACGAGGGCUGGGAAGCAUGUGCCCAGAACACUGUUCAUGGACUUGGAACCAACUGUUAUAGAUGGGAUCCGUACAGGAAAGUUACGUUCACUCUUCCACCCAGAGCAGCUUGUUAGCGGAAAGGAGGAUGCUGCCAACAACUAUGCACGAGGUCACUACUCUGUGGGCUCUGAGAUCAUCAGCCUUGUGCUGGAGAGGAUCAGAAAGCUGGCAAAACAGUGCAGUGGACUUCAGGGAUUCUUGAUUUUCCGAAGCCUUGGAGGAGGUACUGGAUCGGGAUUUACAUCUCUCCUAAUGGAGCAGCUCUCCGUAGAGUAUGGCAAGAAGACUAAACUGGAAUUCUCUGUCUACCCAGCCCCUAGAAUCUCCACUGCUGUAGUGGAGCCUUACAACUCCAUCCUCACCGCCCAUUCUACCAUGGAGCACUCAGACUGUACCUUCAUGGUGGAUAAUGAGGCCAUCUAUGACAUCUGCCAUCAUAAACUUGGUGUUGAACGCCCCUCCUAUGCAAGUAUCAAUAGGCUGAUAAGUCAGGUGGUAUCUUCCAUUACGGCUUCCCUUCGGUUUGAAGGACCCUUGAAUAUAGACCUUAUUGAAUUCCAGACCAACCUAGUACCCUAUCCAAGAAUACAUUUCCCCAUGACAACCUUUGCCCCCAUCAUCUCUGCUGACAAAGCCUACCACGAGCAUCUGUCAGUGCCCAACAUCACUGCUGCUUGCUUUGAGUUAUCCAACCAGAUGGUCAAGUGUGAUCCUCAGCUUGGGAAGUACAUGGCCUGCUGCUUACUAUACCGAGGAGAUGUGAUCCCUAAAGAUGUGAAUGCAGCAAUUGCAGCCAUGAAGUUGAGGACCUCUGUUCAAUUUGUAGAUUGGUGUCCAACUGGUUUCAAGGUGGGCAUCAACCAUCAGCCACCUGUGGUGAUGCCCGGAGGGGACAUGGCCCGGGUCCAGAGAGCUGUCUGCAUGUUGAGCAACACCACAGCAAUUGCAGAGGCCUGGGACCGGCUCGACCACAAGUUUGACCUCAUGUAUGCCAAGAAGGCUUUUCUACACUGGUACAUCACAGAAGGCAUGGAACAAGGGGAGUUCUCAGAAGCCAGGGAAGAUCUGGCAGCUCUGGAAAAGGAUUAUGAGGAGGUGGGGCUGAGUUUCUGA